CUUUGUUUUGGUAGAGUAGUAUAUGAUCAUUUCCCUAUUCAGAAGCUAAAAACAGAGUAAAAUGAAUAACCAAGACUUAGAUCAGCGAUUAAAAGAGAUUCAGAGGGAAUAUCUCGACUUUCUGGACGAUGAUGAAGACCAGGGUAUUUAUCAACAGAAGGUUCGAGAUAUGAUCCUAGACAAUAAAAUAAGACUCAACGUAAACAUCAACGAUCUACGCAAGAAAAAUCCUAAAAGAGCUCAGUGCUUAUUGAAUGACAGUUUUGAAGAAUUGAUAGCAUUUAACAGAGCUCUGAAAGAAUUGCUGGCCUCAGCUGAUCCUCUCUAUGCCAAGCAACAUGAAGAGUUCUUUGUGGGAUUUGAUGGAAGUUUUGGAGCAAAGCAUGUAAAUCCCAGAACCCUCACUUCUCGUUUCCUUGGCAACAUGGUGUGUCUGGAAGGUAUUGUCACAAAAUGCUCAUUGAUCCGGACCAAAAUAGUCAGAAGUGUACACUAUUGUCCAGCUACUAAAAAGACCAUAGAGAGACGUUAUACUGACAUGACCUCAUUAGAGGCUGUUCCGUCCAGUGCUGUCUACCCCACAAAGGAUGAAGAUGGAAAUUUGUUGGAAACAGAAUUUGGAUUGUCUGUGUACAAGGAUCACCAAACAUUCAGUAUCCAAGAAAUGCCUGAGAAGGCACCACCAGGACAACUACCUCGAUCUGUGGACAUCAUCGCUGAUAAUGACCUUGUUGACAAUUGUAAGCCAGGUGACAGAGUCCAAGUUAUUGGUUUAUUCCGAUGUCUACCAGCCAAGAAAAAUGGUUACACUUCAGGCACAUUCAGAACUAUUUUGAUAGCCAACAAUAUCCAACUAUUGAGUAAAGAAGUAGCUCCACUCUUUUCAGCAGAUGAUGUGGCCAAGAUCAAGAAAUUUGGAAAGCAGAAAAGUGCUGAUGUAUUCGAAGUGUUGGCCAAGUCCCUGGCUCCUUCAAUCCAUGGACAUGAGUACAUCAAGAAAGCUGUGCUGUGUAUGCUUCUUGGAGGAACAGAAAAGAUUCUGGAUAAUGGAACAAGGCUUAGAGGAGAUAUCAAUAUAUUAUUGAUUGGAGAUCCCUCAGUAGCCAAGUCUCAGAUGUUACGAUAUGUUUUGAAUGCUGCACCUCGUGCUAUACCUACCACUGGACGAGGUUCUUCUGGUGUAGGUCUAACUGCUGCUGUUACUACUGACAAUGAAACAGGUGACAGACGUCUGGAAGCUGGUGCUAUGGUGUUAGCAGAUCGUGGCGUCGUCUGUAUUGAUGAAUUCGACAAGAUGUCGGACAUUGAUCGAACGGCUAUUCAUGAGGUGAUGGAACAGGGACGAGUCACAAUAGCCAAGGCUGGUAUCCAUGCCAAGUUGAAUGCUAGAUGUAGUGUCUUAGCUGCAGCCAAUCCUGUUUAUGGACGGUAUGACCAGUAUAAAACGCCCAUGGAGAAUAUAGGACUACAAGACUCUCUGUUGUCUCGUUUUGAUCUGUUAUUCAUCGUCCUGGACAAGAUGGACCCUGAACAUGACAGACGUAUCUCAGACCAUGUGUUGAGGAUGCAUCGCUACAGAUCAUCUCAAGAACAAGAUGGAGAUGCUAUGGCAAUGGGUAAUUCUGCCAGUCUCCUAGCAACACAAGAUCCUGACAAAGAAAGAAAUGAUGAAGAAGAAGAGACACCAAUGUAUGAAAAAUAUGAUGCUCUGUUACACGGCGCCACUCGCUCUAAAAAAGACCGAAUUGUUAGCAUGGAAUUCAUGAGAAAGUAUGUCCACGUAGCGAAAGCUUUAAAACCAAAUUUGACCAGGGAAGCAUCAGACUAUAUAGCAGAUGAAUAUACUAAAUUACGUAACCAAGACAACCUCUCUCAAGACCAUAUUGCCAGAACGCAGCCUGUGACAGCUCGUUGUUUGGAAACCAUGAUUCGUCUAUCCACUGCUCAUGCUAAAGCCAGACUCUCCAAAACAGCAGACUUACAAGAUGCCCAAGCUGCAGUGGAGCUCAUUCAGUUCGCCUACUUCAAAAAGGUAUUGGAGAAGACCAGAAAGAAGAAGCAGGUUUCGGAUGAUGAGGACAGCCAAGGUGAAGAAGAACAAGUAGAGAGACCAAAACGUAAAAAGAAAUCUCGAGAUGCCAAGAAGCGACCUCAGCUCAAGGAAGGAGAAGAUGGUUAUGAUCCGUAUGACUUUGAAUCUGCUGAGAGCACUGCCAGUGAAGAUGAAACACCCGAAUCCUUGGACGAAUCAAGAAAGAAACGAAAGAAGGAUGAUGUUGCUAUGGAAACAGAUGAAGCACCAGCAGCUUCCUCUAGUGGUGACAAAGGAGAGAUAACUGAAGACAGACUCAAAACCUUCCGAACGUGUCUGUUCAAUGUGUUUAAAGCUGCCCAUGCUCAGUCUCUGGAGUUGGAAAAAGUGCGAGAGGACAUCAACAAGGAACGGUUUGGAGACGAGUUUACAGAAAAUGAGAUCAAAGCAGCCGUGGACAAAAUGAUGGACGCAAACCAAAUUAUGUUAUCAGACAAUGUUUUGUUCUUGAUCUAGUUGAACUUUAGGAUUGAUUUCUGGCAGCCAAGUGAACUUUGUUGAAUCAUUGGUUGGACAAUAUGAAGUAAUCUUUCGUCGGUUAUUUUUGAUGCAAACAUUGUUCGAAGAUGUGGUCAUCUAAACUGUAUAUAUGUAUAAAAUCAACUCACAGACCCCCUAUUGUAGCUAUGGACCUGGUUCCAACUAAGACACUGAAGGACCGAAAAACCUAAAACUGAUUGUGCUCUAAAGAGCAGAGUGGAUAAGAUUGGAAGUAGAAGCAACAUGAACUUAAGGAUUCUGCAAUCCACCCACUUUAUACUAACAUGUAUUCAAAGAAUAAAAUGUAUUAUUUGUUAAAAAUUCUAAA